AGCGGUGUGGUGGCUGAUUGCGCGCGCACAGCUAGGCUAGCCUAUGGUGUACGUGUGUGUGCUGAAACGUCAUUUGAGUCUACAGAUACACGUGGUAUUGUACCGUCGGAUAUGUUAUUCAGUUAGUCGUGUCUUAAAAUCUCCUUAUGCCCAACAUAACGGAUUGUACUGUAAUCUAUGAAACUACUAGAAGAUAGCAACGGGUCACAGACUCCCCCUCUAGAGUCAGCGAAAAUGUACUUGAAUAAUUCCAAGUUGUCCUCCACAAACCCUAACCAAGGGGAUGGCGACAGCACCCAGACCAGAUACACAUUCCCCAAGAGGAUCUAUCAAAACAAUGGCAAAGAAGAAACCCCCGAACCUUUAGACCUGGAUAAUCUUGAAGGAGUUUGUAUGGAAUUUGUUGAACCCAGCCACUACUCCUUUGUCUUGUCUGGUAUUGAUAAGCUGCGCAAACAAGGACAUUUUUGUGACAUAACACUGGUUGUUGACGACCAUGAGCUGCAAGUGCAUCGGGCAGUGCUGGCUGCAUGCAGUCCCUAUUUGUUUGACUUUUUCUCCUGCUUAGAGGAGACCACUGAACCCCAGCCCACCUAUAAGCUGAAGAAUAUCCCUUACGUUGGCUUCUACUAUUUGCUGGACUAUAUGUACACUGGCAGGCUUCAUGUUCCACUGGAGAAUGUGCCAGUUGUCUAUGCCACAGCACUUGUCCUCAAGAUGGAGUCAGCUGUACAGAUCUGCUCCAGUUUCCUGGCCACUCACCUGACAGCUGCCAACUGCUUAGGGAUUCGUCGCUUUACCAAGGACAAAGCUUUCAAGCAAGCAGUGGAUGAGUACAUACGGUCUAACUUGCAGGACAUCAUGCAGAGCAAGUCUUUCUUUGGUCUUACUGAUCUCCAGGUUGAGGUUGUAGGUCUAGAUGAGCACAUUUCAAAUGAAGCCAUGGAGCGCAGACUUUUUUCUCUGGUCCUGGACUGGGCUAAAAAUAACUUGAAUGAUUUAAAACCAAAGAUGGAUCGUUUACUUGAAAAGGUAAAUGUUCUGUAUUUGGAAUCUGAUAACACUUUGAGAGAUUGUGCUGAAGUUGAGGAUACAGUUUUGAGCAGUGAUGAUGAUAUGGUUCAGGAUUACAAAAAAGCACACAGAAGGGACAAGGUUCAUAAACUCAAUAGCCCACGCUCAUCUAAUGGCAACGGACAGGCAUUUCACAAGUUCAGUUUAAAUCCUGAGGAGGCUGUGUCUAUUGCAGAGAGAGAAUGGUCAAUUGUUGCCACUCGCAAAACUAGUGAAAAUGCAUACCUGGCGAUUGCCCUGCUUGAUGGACGCUUGAUGGCAAUAACAGUUCAUGUACGUCCAGUUGUACUGCCCAAUUCUGAAUCAAACGGGAGCAAGCCUGUACCAGACUCCCCACCAGCCACACACAAUGGUAAAAACAGACUUAGCCCCAUUCUGAGAAAAGCCACCAUUACCCCUCUACAGCCUAUGUCAACUCCAAGAUGUGCUUUGGGAGCUGUAGAACUUGAUGGGAAAUUGGUUGUCUGUGGUGGCUACGAUAGAGGGGAAUGUCUUCAAAGUGUUGAAGCCUUUUCAAUCAAGGAAAACCAGUGGACUAAGAUGGCUGAUAUGAACAGGGCCAGAGGUCGUUUCAGUGCUGCAGUAUUGAAUGGCUUUAUAUAUGUUUGCGGCGGUUCUGAUGGAUGGAAAGAACUUUCAUGUGUUGAAAGAUAUGACCCUAGCACUAAUAAAUGGAAAUAUGUUCCUAACAUGCUUAAGGAGAGAUCAUCUCAUGGUGUGGUAACACUUUACGGCAAGUUGUAUUGUGUUGGUGGAUGUGAAGGACAGAGAAGCAUUGCUACCUGUGAGGUGUAUGACCCUGCAUUAAACAAAUGGUCUCGUAUUGCAUCUCUAAAUAUCGCUCGCUCACAGGCUUGUGUGGUUGCUGUAAAUGGGCUGGUGUAUGCUAUUGGAGGCACAGACCUGUGGAAUUCACUGAGCUCUGUGGAGGUGUAUGAUCCAGAUUCUGACAAAUGGACUGUACAUUCUAACCUCAACUCUGCUCGUAGAGGAGCUGGUGUGGGUUUGGUUGAUGGUUUGAUGGUGGUGGUUGGUGGCAGUGAUGGUACCCAGUCUCUAGUGACAUCUGAGAUCUUUGACUUUGAGAACAACACCUGGGGUGUUGGGCCAUCUUUGAUUGCUCCCAGGGCCAACCUCAGCGUUGUAACUAUAGACAAUCGCCUGUUUGCUGUGGGUGGCUUCAGUGGCAAGAAAUUUCUUAGCAGUAUUGAAUGGCUGGACCAUGAUGACAUGGAAUGGUUUGGACAUGCACCCAAGCAGUCAGAAAAUGGCCUGGUCAAAGAGAAGGCAGAAGGUGCACAUUGUUUCACAGCAUGCACAAAUGGGGAGCAGAAUGGAGAUACUGAGGAGUCUGUCAAAGUUGUGGAGAACUUGGACAGUUCUCAAGUUGUUGAUGUUGAAGGCAGCAGUAGCACAAGUGAUAGUCAGGCAAAUGGAGACACAGAGGUCAAGGGAGCCUCAUAGUAGAGGAUGUAUGGGAGAUAUGGUGGGGAGAUGUCAUUCAACAGCUUGUGCUGGCUCAGGUUUUUGUCAUUGACAUUUUAUUUUGUGUUAAUUGGUUUUAAUAUUUUUAUAUUUGAUUAUAGUGCAUCACACGUGGUACAUUUUCCAUUUUUUAUUAAGUCCAUGUUAUGAGCAUUAAGACGCUACUUACUGGAAUAACUCCUAUGGAUUUAAAUUUUGCAGGUGGCAUUCUACAUUCUAAUACAAACUUGCACAAUUUUUCAGUUAAAUUUUUUUUUUUUUACCUAGGCAGCAAAAUGGCUUAGGCCUGUAUUGAUUUACCGUGUAACAGGUAAAGAAAUUUUAAAAGAUUUCUGGUAAUUUUCUAAAAGAAACCUAAUGUAUACUGAAUCUCUCAAUUUUGAUGAUCCAUUUGGGAUUUAAUAGUUAAAAAUAAUAGAAUUCUUUAUGCAUGUUCUUUACAAUUUGUAUAUAGAAAGGGCAAUUAAAUUAACAUUUGUAUGGCAGAAAAGUAUGGUUUACAAAAUCAGCACAAAUUGUGUUCAGAUUAUAGGACUGCCAUUUAUUUCAUAACUCAAGCAAUCUUCUUUAAAAGUAAGACUUUGAUGAUUAUAACUAACCUCAGUUUUGAUUUUUUUUUUCAAUUAUGUUGUUCAAAAUUCAAUUCUAGCUAAUUUUGUCUGUAACAAAGUUUAUUUAUUGUAAAAAUGUAUGUUAGAGUAACAAAGAUUUAAAGGGAACAAAAGUAAUGCUCAAAACAUAGUGGUUCCCAAUUAAUGUGUACCUAACCAUCAAAUAAAUUUUCCCAGAAGUAAAAGCAACCUACAGUUAACUUACUAAACAUUUCAGUUGUUUUUUCUGCAUGAAUUUUCAGUGAAGUAACAUUUAAAAACAAAUUUAUGACAUUUAAGUUUGACUGUUUUAUUCUUGAAUUUGCUCAUGGUUUUAUUUCACCCACUUCAUUAGCUUAGACAAUUGUGUGUUCAGUGUUAAUUCUGAGUGUUCAUUUGCACUUACGAGCAUUAGAAGUGAGACUAUACUUUAUGCCAUUGUCACUUGGUGUAUACACCAAAUUUUGCCAUGUUUUUACUUUGUUUUCUUCAUGCCUAUUGAUUUCUUUGAAAUGAUUGGGAGGGGGGGGUCACCUUGUUUUCAAAUGGUAAAUUUUGUCAAUUUUUAAAAAGUGAAAUAUCUUAGUCCAGUGUAUGGAGGCAUUGAUUAUACUGAAAGUGAAAUAAAAGUAAGCUUGUAGAUCUCUGGGGGUUUAAAGCUUUGUCUGGUUGUGUGUGUGUUUAACUCACUGGAUGCUGUGUGCAGCACACAAAACACCAGAUUUCAACUAUUGUUUAUUUUGUCCAGGCAACUUUCAGCCUAUAUUUUUAUGUUCAACUUUUUAAAAAUUUGACACCCAUUUUAUAUUGUUAUAUGAUGACAUGUUUGAUGCUAUGUUAAA